AUGCCUUCCGAUCUCCCUCUCGACGAAGCUUACCUCACUGCUAUAUGGCUCGAGACACUCCUUUACGGCAUCAACGUCUCUCUUUUCUGCAUGUACCUCUACGUCGCUCGUUACCAACGCCGCACUCCGCGCCUUAACCGUCCCCUCCUCUGCUGCGCCAUUGCUAUGAUCGUCUUCUCUACCGUCCACGUCUCUCUUGGAUUUCGAAGACUCCUCGAGGGAUUCAUAUACCUUCGAGGUGGGGCCGAGCCUAAUGGACCAUCGGCGUAUUUCUCCAAUGUUUCGUUGCCGGUGAAUGUGGCAAAGGUGGUGGUGCACACGGUCAAUUCGAUUGUUGGGGAUGGGAUCGUCGUGUGGCGCUGCUACCAUGUCUGGAGUAAGAAGAUCUGGGUAUGUAUCUUUCCUGUUCUGCUCAUCAUGGGUUCUGCAGCAUGCGGAUUCGGCCAAGGCAUCAUGUUCGCUACCGCCACAAACGCGCACAGCGCCUUCGCCACCGAGAUCGAAAGAUGGAACGCAGCCCUCUUCGCUAUGUCGUUGAUCACGAACAUCCUUGUUACCUUUCUCAUUGCUGGUCGAGUAUGGUACCAAGCGAGAAAGACCGAGGCUGCCUUUGCCUUCACAUCUUUCAAGUAUAGGAGAGUCUUGUAUGUUAUCAUCGAGUCAGGGAUGAUAUACUCCUCCGUGUUGGUGAUUGAGAUUGUAUUGUAUGUUUUGGGCGACAAUGCGUUUUAUAUUGUGUAUGACCCGAUUGCCCAGCUGACGGGAAUGGUACCGACCAUGAUCAUCAUCAUGGCCAGCCUCGGCAUCACCUCCGGGAAAGUCGCCUCCCCCUCCGACGAAACAAACACCAUCGCGAGCAUAAGCGUGCCCGACCUCAACAGUGUUCAUGACCUCAGCACCGGCCACGGUAUCGAUAUUGCUAUAGCCGCCAACGGUUCCGACCAUCACAGUCACCACAGUCACCACAGCUACCACAACCACAACCAUAACCACAAACCCCGUCGCCCACGCCCCUCGCCACUCCCUCUCGCCCUCGAAAUGAAGAGGCGUUCGUCGACCAUGAAAGGCAACGAUAUCUCCAUGAUGUCGGAUGCGGACUACUAUAUGGCCUCGCCGACCUCACCGACGUCCCCAAUGUCAAGUAAAACUGCAGUGGGGAGUUAUAGUGCGACGGGUAGUUGGACGAGUUAUACAGGGCAUUUGAAGGGGAAGGAGUCAAGGGAAUUCCAUGACAGAAGUUUCUCUGGGUCGAUGAAAGAGUAUGGAUAUCCUGGAUUUGGAACUGUAGCGGAAACUGAAUAUGGGGAUGGGGAAGCAAAGGGGAGACCUGGGCUCGAUGGCUUUGACACAGGCGGCGAUAUGUUGCACCACCGGGACUCUGAAUCUGCCAGUAUUGGGGAUGUGGAGAAAGGGAGGGCGUUGUAG